AUGAUGGCUAGUUUAUAUGCAACGCCACCACCCGACACAUCUGAUCUAAAUGGUGAAGACACAUCAGUAUUAAGUGAUACAUCAAAUUCAUCACAAACAAACAGUUCCAUCAAUUCGCAACAGCCACACAAGGCACCAAAACGUUCAAUACUUGUUUCUUCACCAUCUAUAGUAUCAUCAAACAAUUAUCCAUUAUUAGGGAAUAUUUUCGAUUCUUCACCUGAUUUAUCGAAAAAGCGACGAAAGCAAACAACACCAAUCAGAAUAUCAGCGACAGCAUUUGAACUACAACAGCAACAGCAUCAGAAUAACUAUUCGGUUAACGCCAAUGAUUUAGCAACUAAUAGAACUUCAACAGAACAAGAAAUCACUGAAAUUCAAGACUUCGAUGAUGAAGAAGAAGAAGAAGUAUCAGCAGAACAUGAGGAAAAAAAGUUGGCAGUGCCAUCAACAUUAGCAUCAGUAUCUUUGAUUGAAAACGAUGGGCUUCAGAAGAUUUUUCUUAAAAAUCUCAGUCAAUUACAAGCAUCAACCGAUCACAACAAUGAGUCAAAUCUCAAUGAAAAUUCUCGAAUCUUAUCACAAGAAAAUUCUUUGAAUAAUAAAAGUCUUAGACGUUCACUCUCUUCACCACCACCAACAACGUCAACUUUGGAUUUAAGUAGUCAUAAUGGUAAGAAUGAUGAGUCUAUUGUUAGUAAGCAACGUGACUUUGAGAAUGAUAUUGAAGCUGAAUAUCAUAAUAAAUUUAUGAAAAGUACUAACGAAAAAUCACAACAAGGUGAAGUUGGAAAAGGUUCGAAUAAUUGUUGGAGUAACAAACAAGACAAAAAACCAGAUGACUCAUGGUUAUCAUUGGCUUCACUUCCCUUUCCAUUUCCACCGGAAGCUGCUGCAGCCGCACUCUCAGUUUCUGGCUAUCUUCCACAACUUCCAUUAUUGUCAUCAGUGGGAACAUUUGGAGCAGCUGAUGGUGUUUUAUCACGAAGCACAGCGCCAUUGCGCAUUUUCAAUCCAGAAGCAUAUUGCGACUUAUGCAAUAAAGAAUUUUGCAACAAAUAUUUCUUGAAAACUCAUAAAGCCAAUAAACAUGGAAUAUACGAGCCAAUGACACCAAUGUCUAACAGUGACAUGCCAACACUCAGUCAAUUGUCUCAAAUGCAACAGAUGAGUCAUGUUUUACAGAUGCAACAACAAAGUAUGCAACAAUUUAAUCAACAAAAUGUUGAACAAGCUCAGAAAGUUCAAGCUGCAACAGUAGCAGCAGCAGCAGCUAGGGUUCAAGUUCAAAGUGAUCCACUUCCACCACAAGCACCAUUAGUGACAAAUGCUUUUUGCGACGUUUGUUUUAAAAAAUUUUCAUCGCCUGCUGCAUUAAAAAAACACCGUUUGAAAAUUCAUGAGAUUGGUAUUUCAAAACCACAAAAUGACAUGUCAAAUAAGUCAGGCGAAGAACAACAGCAACAACAAGAAACAUCUGGAAAAAAUGGCCAUGAAAAUGAAAGAAAUGAAGAAAUGACAACGCCAGUUCCUUUUAAUUUACCUGAAGGCUUCCGUGAAGAUUAUCAAGUUGAACAGGAGGACACAAACUUCACACCAGAACCACGAAAAUUAUCUCCAUCUUCGAUGCAACAAGCUAAAGAUGCAAACUUCUCAUACGACAAGUUAAAACGUUUAGGCGUCAUUAAUCCUGAAGCGUUUUGCGAAUUAUGCUGCAAGGAAUAUUGUAACAAAUAUUUUUUGAGAACACACAAAUUGAAACGACAUGGUGUAUUUGUUCCAUCAGAAGAUACUAAAGAUGACGGCCAUUCCUUAUGGCCAUAUAUGCAAACCAGUCCAUUGAAUCUCAUAAUGGGUGGUGACUUGAAAGCAUUACAAAUGUACGCAAAAAAGAAGGAAGAAUUGGAAAGUGGUAUCAUUAAGAUUCCUUCACCAAAACCAUCCGACUAUGAUGAAAUAAAAAAUGACACCCAAACUAGUAAAGAUGAAGAUGAAGAUGAUAAAGGCAAGAAAUCACCACAGUUGUCACAACAAGAGUCUGAAGCUAUCAGUGUCGACCUUCAGAAACUUCAAUCAAUGAUUCUUCAAUUGAAUGAACUUAAUCAGAAUCGAUACGUUGCAUGUGCUAUAUGUGGAAAAGAAAUGGAGAAUCAAUACAUGUUACAUGCUCACAUGCUGACCGAGCACUCCGGUUUCACCAACAACAAUUCGAUUAAAUUGUCACCACGACCAACAUCGAUUCCAUCACCGGGCGAAUAUGAAUCGUGUAAACAAUGUGAUAAAGAAUUUUCCAACAUUUUCCUAUUAAAACAGCAUUUAAUAGAGCAACACGGAAUGGGCUCAUUGUCACCGCCAUUACGCGAAGGUUUCGUAACACCGGAUCGAAAAGUGUCGAGUGUCUUAAGUCAACCAUCGACACCUACACAAAAUGACCGUAAGCAAAUGUUUCAAAUGACACCGACAAGCAGUUAUUGUGAAAUUUGUAAUAAAGAAUUAUGCAACAAGUAUUUUAUGAAGACUCACAUGCAGAGAAUGCAUGGAAUUGAGAUUGAAAACGGCGCUCAAAUUGGUGGAGUUGUGUGCAAUAUAUGUAACAAAGAGUUGUGCAGUAAAUAUUUUUUGCGUGUUCAUAAGCAUAAUACGCAUGGAAUUGUUGAAGAUGGUUCACCACAACAGCGACCAGGAAGUGAAUCUGUUGAUUCUGAUACUGGCUUCCAAAUGGAUUUGAAGCCAGGUGAAGUUUCUGAUCAAUCAAAUCGUUACUUCUCACAUUUUACUGAAGUUUGUCCGUUGUGUUCUCGACGGUUCCGCAGUGCCAAAUGGUUGAAGGCACAUUUGAUGAGUGAUCAUGGAAAAGCUGGUGUUGAGAAAUUGAAUGAGAUUGAAACAAAGAUUGGGCCGAUUAAAGCGCCAAGCCCUGGCUUGAAAAUUCCUAAUGGUGGAUAUGGAUUAGCGUCACCAGAAUUGAUGAUAAAAACAUCAUUGGGUGGAUUGUUCCCAGGUGAGAGUUCAAUGGCAAUAUCGCCAGGUUCCCACAAUACGCUCAAAGGAUAUCAAUGUUCCUUUUGUUCAUUUUCUACACCCAUAUUGGCGAUUUUAUUCAUUCAUGAACGUUCUCAUCAAGCUGGAAAUUCUACAUUGAAUUUAAUGCCAAAUCCGAAUAAAUCUGAAAGCGCAGUUUCAAUUGCAAAAGAAUUUUCCAAUUCUCAACAACCAACUCCUGGAAUUUCAUCGCCAUCGUCAACACCAGCUUCAACUCCCAUUCCAUCAAAUCCACAAGAAUCCAAAUCCGAAAUAAACAACAUUAUCAAUAUAUUGCCGCAGCUCAACUCACGACCAUCUGUUGCACUUCCACAAGAAUCCGGUCCGCUGGUAAUGCAGUCAUUCUUACUUGAAGAAUCAUCAUUGUCAUCAAAGUCAUUGGUGAACGGAAAAACAGGUACGAAUGACAAUUACAGAUUUGUUUCUUCAAUGGUUAUUCUACCGGUUCGUGAGCGGAUUUCAUCGCCAAUCACUGUCUCGUUUACGCUCACACCAACUUAA